AUGAAUGUGACAGAAUUUAUCAAUUUUGACCGCUGUGUGCAUUCCUCAUGUCCAAAGAGAUCUCUACCCGCUGCAGUUUAUAUCUUAUUAUAUGUGUGUUCAGCUGCUGUGGUUCUUCUAACAGUUUGUGGAAACCUGCUCGUCAUUGUCUCUGUUUUUCACUUUAAGCAGCUUCAUACACCAAACAACAUGCUUGUGGUCUCGCUGGCUGUGUCAGAUUUUCUCAUUGGCACAUUGGUGAUGCCGCUUCUGUUAAUUUGGAUGAUUGAGUCAUGCUGGAUUUUUGGAAGAGUUAUUUGCAUCCAAUUCAUUUUGAUUUCUGGUGUUCUCAUGAUUUGGUCUUUCUAUAUCAUUGCACUGAUCUCUGUAGAUCGGUGUUUGGCACUUUCAAACCCAUUCGUCUACACAAACAAAAUUUCUAAAAGGACUAUCUGCAUUGUGACUUAUUUUAACUGGUGUGUUUGUCUGGCAUAUAAUAUAAUAUUCUAUUAUUUCAAUGGACUUUUUACUGAUUAUGUAAUGUGUCCUGGAGAAUGUUUUUUCAUUUUGACUGAGGUUUGGUCUGUAAUUGACCUUAUAUACUCAUUUAUAUUUCCACUUUCUGUCAUAAUUAUAUUGUAUAUUUUAGUUUUUAUGAUUGCUAAGAAACAUGCUACUGCUAUCAGAGAGCUUAAUAAUCACACACGGCCUAAGGCACAGAAAAUCACCUCACACUCAAUGAAAUCUGAGAGAAAAGCAGCUAAAGUCCUCGGCAUUUUAGUGACUGUGUUUCUUGUGUGUUUAUUUCCAUAUUUUAUUUGUAGUGUUUUGGGUAAUUUUAUUAAACUACCAGCAGAAACAUUGAAGAAAAUUCUAAUAUUUGGUUAUCUCAAUUCCACCAUUAAUCCAUUUAUUUAUGCUCUGUUUUAUCAGUGGUUUAGGAGGUGCUUUAAAUUAAUUAUAACUCUGCAAAUAUUCCGAACAGACUCUGCAUUAAUCAACGUUCUUUCAUAA